GAACACUAUAUGCGCGCGACUGAAGAGGUAUUUUAGCUGACUUCCCUUGAGCGAAGAACUUCCGUGAACGCUUGAGUCUGUCACUGAAGUUAUAGUCCUGCGAGAAAGGUUGCUGUGCUGAAUCUAACCAGACUGUCUAGGCAGAUCGCGCUGCUGCGAUCUUCAGCAUAUCAGUAUGGCAUCAGAAUCCCAUCAUAAGGAGAAUCUGCACAACCUUCAGCUGGAGGAUGAAGGACAGCAUCGCAACCCUUCGGAGGUGAAGAUGAGCCAGAUAGUGGUGCCCUGCCAUGCCAACCACUGCGGAGAGCUGAGCAUCGGACAGCUGCUCAAAUGGAUGGACUGCACAGCAUGUCUGUCUGCUGAGAGACAUGCUGGAUGCCCCUGUGUGACAGCUUCUCUUGAUGACAUCUACUUUGAGCACACCAUUGGUGUUGGACAAGUGGUCAACAUUAAGGCCAAAGUCAACAGGGCCUUCAACUCAAGCAUGGAGGUGGGGAUAGAGGUGAGCUGUGAGGACCUGUACAGUGGCCGUCAUUGGAGAGUGUGUCAGGCUUUUGCCACAUUUGUUGCCAAACGCACAGAUGCAAACAAGGUGCAGCUGAAGCAGGUUGUGCCCUGCACACACCAAGAACAGGUGGAGCACAGUUUAGCAGCUGAGAGGAGGAGGAUGAGACUCAUUCACCACAACAUCAUGCAGGACUUACUCAACAACAAGACCCUCCAGAGAAGUAUCAGUGAGGAGAGCCAUGAUGAAGAUGAGGCUUUGUCGACAGAAAGAACAAGGGUGGAAAGUGUCGAGCUGGUACUUCCUCCUCAUGCCAAUCACCAGGUCAACACAUUCGGAGGCCAGAUUAUGGCCUGGAUGGAAAAUGUCGCUACCAUUGCAGCCAGUCGUUUAUGCAAUGCUCAUCCAACUCUGAGGGCUAUAGACAUGUUUCACUUUAGAGGCCCUUCCCAGGUUGGAGAUCGUUUGGUUCUAAAGGCCAUUGUCAAUAACACAUUCAAGAACAGUAUGGAGGUUGGUGUCUGUGCAGAAGCCUAUCACGGAGAUGAACCUCUGAGGCAUAUUAAUAGUGCCUUCAUGACAUUUGAGGUGCUGGAUGAGAAAGGAAGGCCACGUCCACUGCCCCCCAUAAAACCUGAACCUCAGGAGGGACAGAGGAGAUAUCAGGAGGCCCUUGCCAGGAAGAAGAUUCGUCUUGAUAGGAAGUACAUUAUCUCAUGCAAGCAGACCGAGGUGCCACUGUCUGUCCCGUGGGACACCAGUAACCAGGUUUAUCUGAGCUACAAUAAUGUGUCUGCCUUGAAGAUGCUUGCAGCCAAAAACAACUGGGACCUCAGCUCAAAGAAGAACAAGGUGAGCCUGUAUACAGUGGAGGAGAGUCAGAGUUUGUGUUUCAGGGUGGAGUUUGAGAUGGAAAUCCCAGCACAAAGAGCCUUCAUCCUCCUCUCAGAUCUCAGUCGCAGACAUGAAUGGGACCAACACUAUACUUUGUGUAAGCUGCUCCUUAGGGUUGAUGAGGAUGAUUUCAUCUAUCAAGUUGUUACUCCUUCGGUCAGUAAAGGAGGAAAAUAUCAGGACUUCAUUUUACUGGCCUCUAGAAGACCACCCUGUGAUAGCGGGGAUCCAUAUGUAAUUGCCCUAAGAUCAGUUGCUCUACCCUCUCAUCCGCCAACAGAGGAAUUCCACAGGGGUGAGGUGGUCUGCGCUGGGUUCACCAUUUAUGAGGUUUCAAAAAGUGUCUCUAAGGUAGGAAAAUACAAAAUGAUGGUCACAAUGUACUUCACACUGAAGUGUCUUAGAGGUUUUCUGUUUUGCCCUCAGAUUUGCUACUAUAAUCAGACCAGUCCAGAAGUCCUGCCAUACAUCUCCACUGACAUUGCAGGCCUCUCGUCCAGUUUCUACUCAAUAUUCUGUGCAUGCAGGCAGUACCUACUGGACAACAUAAUCAGCACAUCUGCAUUCACCCCUUCUGUGUUAUAACUGGCAGCUGCUGGGCUGAACUCAUCAUGAUGUGCUACAGUACAACUUAUAUUUCAGUUUAUGCUUUUCCAGGGGCCAUAUCUAAUAUUUUUGUAGUAUUUAAUUUUUUUCCCACUUAAAAUCUAUUAGGGUUAAGCCAGGAAUAAACUGUUUUCAGUUCGGAUACUCAAGAGGUUGUGAGACAUUACACACGUUACGUUAUCAGUUAACCUGAUAAUUAUGUCAAAGCAGUUGAAACACGGCACGACUGUACUGUAUGGCAAUCAUGUAAAGUUUUGCGCUUAACAUAGAGGUUGAAUUUUCAAUGUUGCUGCUAUUGCUUUGGAAAGAAAAAAGAAAAAGAUUUAGAGAGAGAACAGCAAAGUCAUUUGGUUAAAAAAACUGGAGAGUCUGCACUCUCCAGAUGUGAUGUGUCUGUGUACAAUUUGGGAAUGGGGGGAACUCUGGUCAAAUUCAGGCUGACUGAAUUUUUGUCAACAUGUUUAAAAAUUAUUGGGAGCACAGGAGGUGCUUGUAAGGUACUUGGCUUGAUUUGUAAGAUUGGUUGGCACAAAAAAUUACAAUAUUUUGUAUGAGCAAAAUGUAUGCUCAGAAAAAAAUAUAUUAACUCACUGAA